AGUAACACGAAUUGUUGUUGAAUAACAAUAAUUGUUUUUGAUUAGGAAUGCAAAUCAUCUCGGCGCAGCCCUACCACAAUGAAUUUGGUAGCGGUGGGCUGCGUUUAGGUGUUUCCGCCGUAGGUUAGGACAAUUACGAUAGGUAUGAUCGGGGAAUAAGUACAAAAAUAAAAUCACUUGGAAUUCGACCGCACACAGGACUACAUCUCUUCAAAACCCAUCCGAACAUUUGGUGCCGAAACCCGGGACAAUCGCUGUCGCCGGAUAAAUCUCCCACGUCGUCGAGUCAUCGCCAGCACGAAGCCGCUUAUAAGUUAAGUAUAUUAGUUAAGUGAGUGAAGUGAAGAUGACUCCAAAGAAGAGAUAUGUGCGGAGCAAUUCCGUCAAGUUAAAAGAAUUGAAGAGGCGGAUGGCCACGAUCCUAGGUUCAGCGGAACAAAUCAAAGUAUUCGAGGCCAAUUACACGGCCGACCAAGCAAAUCAACUAGCAAUUAGAAUCGAAAUGCUUGAUGAGCUUUGGAAGCAGUACUCGGAGGUACAAGAAGAAAUAGAGCUUCUAGAGGACCUUUCGGGUGAAGAAAUUUCUGAAGAACGAUUAGUAUUUCAAAACAAAUACGUUGAAUUAAAAGCACUACUUGUUAGUAAGUUACCGAAUCUAUCGGUAAAUACGGAGCCCACUCGCGUGGCUUCAAAUUCGGCGAGCAUCGUGUCGCAAUCGGUACGUCUGCCCGAGAUCCAAAUUCCCAAGUUCGACGGGAAUCCGGAAUUGUGGAUCGAAUUUCGUGACACAUUUAAAUCACUCAUUCAUGCAAACCCAAAUCUAACAGCUAUCCAAAAGUUGCACUAUUUAAAAGAUGCACUAAUUGGUGAGGCUCAUUCGUCCGUAGCCAAUCUUGAGAUGUCGACGGAAGGUUAUAAUAUCGGGUGGAAAUUAGUUGAAAAGCGACACAACGAUACUAACUUUUUGAUCAAAAGACACAUUUCUGCUUUAUUUGCGAUAGCACCAAUUAAAAAAGAGUCUUCUGCUCUGUUGAUGGACCUCGCUGAUCAAUUCGAUCGUCACGUCAGCAUACUUAAUAAGCUAGAAAAAACAGAAGAACAUUGGAACUCUGUACUAGUUGAAGCUUUGAGCAGACGUUUAGAUACUACUACAUUGAAGGAGUGGGAAAAAGAUUGCAAAGAAGGCGAACGUCCUGAUUUCGACGCUUUAGUCACAUUUAUUCGCAAACAAGCGCGUACGUUACAGUCAGUAAAAAUGUCUCACACACCGACAGCUACACAAGAGACCAAGAUCGUAGUAAAAUCAAGGUCCACAAACAACUUUAUGAUCGCUGAGGCAGCGCACAAAUGUCCGAUGUGCAAAGCAGCUCAUUAUUUGUAUGAGUGCGAUCAGUUUAACAAACUUUCACCAAGACAUUGCUUUAAUAUCGCCAAAAAGUACAAACUGUGUAUCAACUGUUUACGUGGACAUCACCUCGCCAAGAACUGCAACUCCUCUAACUGCAAAUCUUGUGGACAAAGGCACCACACCCUAUUGCAUCUACCGCCAGCUGUCGAUGGUAAUAGUUACAACAGCAAUCAGCGAACUACAUUUACAGCGUUUGGGCAACAGGUAGAAAAUCCACAAGUACAAACACAAAUGUAUUGUCCUCCUCAUUUGAUGGGGGGAGUGUCGGGGGCUCGACACCCCAAUACUAUUGAUUCUUUUGUCCCUGGGACAAUAGAAACCCCUUUUGCACAUGUAGCUCAGUCCAACCAAACCCCAAGCCACACAAACUACUCGGCUUAUUCGGCAAUUCUCAGCGAAGGGAAACCUGCACAGAACCACUACAACGAACAGCACAAGAUUAGAUCAGCUAACCGUGCAGCAGAAGACUCAUCGGGAGUUCUGGACACGUCGCGGGCAAAGACAGAGGUCUUCCUCGCAACCGCAAUCGUGCGGGUAGAAGAUCGUGACGGGACGAAUCACUUCGCGCGCGUGGUGUUAGAUAGUUGUUCUCAGUGCAAUUUUAUAUCGGAAGCGGUCGCCACCAAGUUACGAUUACGGCGGACCAAGACAAAUACGGAAGUCGCGGGAAUCGGUCCGGGUAAAGUGCGUGUUACGGAAUCGGUCACUGUGAAGCUUCGCUCGCGGACUCGCGCUUUCGAAACGUCGGUCGUUUGCCUCAUUAUUGCCAAAAUUCCGGCAAUUUUACCGAGCCAGAAUAUCGAUAUUCGCGACUGGCAGGUUCCGCGUGACGUGAAAUUGGCUGAUCCGAAAUUCAACAUUAGUGCGGGUGUGGACAUUUUACUCGGGGCCGAACUCUUCUUCUCGUUAUUGCUUAGCCAGCAAUGUAAAAUAAAUGUUGGAUAUCCACUCUUACAGGAAACUGUGUUUGGACAUAUCGUGUCAGGGAUGUACGCGGGGCGUGGAGCAAACCCAUCGCUGUGCAUAAUCAGCAGUGCCAGCGGGCUGGAUGCCAUCCUAGAGCGAUUCUGGCAAGUGGACGACUUUGACCGCGGUCGAGCGCUGUCGCUAGACGAUAGGUGGUGUGAGGAUCACUUUAAUCGCACGGUUUCGCGUCGGGAUGACGGGCGUUACGUGGUACGGUUACCAAUCCGCGAAGAUCGAAGACCUUUUCUCGGUGACUCGUAUAAUCUAGCCCAGCGUCGGUUCCUGGCUAACGAGCGCAGAUUUGGAUACGACCAGCAGCUUCGCGACGACUACCUGCGAUUUAUGGACGAAUAUGCUGAACUCGGACACUUGGAACCGGGCUUACGCACAGGAAAUGCGGCGUACCGUCCAAGAUUUUUGGAAACGAUGGACUCGGGAUUACGUUCAUCAUUUGCAUCAACGUCCAAAAUGGCACCAAGGCACUCGAAACCCUCAGGUCGGCGAGUUAGUUUUGUUGAAACAAGAGAACCUUCCGCCGUUGCAAUGGAACAUCGGACGAAUAACCGCCACACAUCCGGGCAGAGACGGCAGGUGCAGGGUGGUCGACGUCCGCACCACAAGGGGAACUUACCGGCGUGCCGCAGCAGAAGUAUGCCUGCUGCCAAUCGAAACCGAGAGCAGCAAAUUAGAAAACCCAGCCCAGCACCAGAUGCAGCUCCCGACAAGCCAGCCCGAACUGUAAAAUUGUCAGAAGCUCGGUUCAAGGAGACUGAUGAAGCAGAAAGUGAGUAAAGGAGUUGACCCAGUCAACUAGGGGCAGGAUGUUUGUAGUAACACGAAUUGUUGUUGAAUAACAAUAAUUGUUUUUGAUUAGGAAUGCAAAUCAUCUCGGCGCAGCCCUACCACAAUGAAUUUGGUAGCGGUGGGCUGCGUUUAGGUGUUUCCGCCGUAGGUUAGGACAAUUACGAUAGGUAUGAUCGGGGAAUAAGUACAAAAAUAAAAUCACUUGGAAUUCGACCGCACACAGGACUACAUCUCUU